AUGUUCGGAAUCAUCAACUUGCCUAGUCGCUCGACCGGCACUGUGUCCAGUGCUUCGAGUUCCAAGAAGCGUUACGCGCCCAUCGUUAACGAGCUUCUCCAAUUACUCGACAAAUCGUUUCCUUAUGCUUCUGGAAUGGAGGCCCUCGAGCAAGCUAUCCAAUCUGCGCUUCAGUACAGGAUCGUUGAGAUGGAAAGCUACGGACUCACCUCUGCUAAAGGAUUUCUCAACUUUGCAACCUGGAUGGUCGAUGGUUGGAUACCCACCGAGUCAGCAAAGGGUAGAGACAUCUACUAUAUCUUGUGCAUCUUCUAUUUCGUGUUCGACCAAGUCCCGCUCAAGGAUUGUCAAACUGCGAUUAGGCCCGAAUCUGUGGGGCAGGAUCUAUCCGAGCUUUCCCAAUGGAUGGUGAAGUUUGCCAAGGAAGUUGGGAGCCACAUGAACCGACCAGAGUCGCUGAACGAAGCAUCACUCACUUCAUUCUGGAAUGCUCCAAGCUUCCAUGUAUUCGAGGCAGAUGAAUCCAAAACCGAAGGGGGGAAAUGGACUAACUUCAAUCAAUUCUUCUGUCGUCAUCUCAAGGACGGCGCACGACCUAUUGAUGGUGAAGGUGACGACAACAUUGUCAUUUUCCCUGCAGAUUCAACCUUCUCCGGUUACUGGGAUAUCACUGACGAGUCGAUGGUCGAGUUGAAAGGUCUACCAUGGCAUAUAGGCGAUCUCCUUGGGCCAUACAAGUCCGACUAUGGCGAUUCUUUCAAGGGCGGGAUCUGGUCCCAUUCUUUUCUGAAUUCAUUUGACUAUCAUCGCCAGCACGCACCGGUGGGGGGUACUAUCAAAGUCAUCGACACUAUUGAUGGCGCGGCCUACCUAGAUGUUGAGUAUCAGUCUGAUAGUCGGUCGUUGAUGCCAAAACGGCCUAUGCGUCCUAUAUACUCCUCGGGGCCUGUUUAUCGGGGAGCGGAGGCGACAGAUAAAGAAGGAUACCAGUUCCUGCAAGCACGAGGGAUCAUCAUCAUAGAGAACGACAAGAUAGGCACGGUUGCUGUUUUACCGAUCGGUAUGGCACAAGUCUCGUCUGUGGUGGUCAGGGACGACCUCAAGCCAGGUGCCACCAUCAACAAAGGUGAUGAAAUCUCACAUUUUGAGUUUGGUGGCUCGGAUAUUGUGGUGAUGUUUCAAGGUGGAAAGAUAGACCCUCAUACUCUCCCACAGCCAUUGUCACGCAAAAGCGAAGAGCCCUUGUACGAGCGUCAUAAUUAUGGAGAGAUGCUCGCUAAGGCCAAGUCAAAGUCCAAGGCCUAA